AUGCCAGAAAAUGUUACAAGUUUAACUUUUUGCAGAGAGUUCAAUCAACUUCUCAAAACAGAGUACAUUCCAUCAGUUAGAUCACUGUCUGUUCAAUGCCCGCAAUUUUCUCCCGAGAAUAUCAGUUUGCUUGGACACAACUGUCUCAAUGAGCUUAGUAUUGUCCAUGUAGCUACAAAAAACAAUUGUAAAUCUGUUGGGACAUCCUCACUUUUACACCAGGAGACUAUUUCUCAUCUUUCAAAGAUGAAUACUCUUUCGCACUUAAUCAUCAAGAUUAAGCCGAGAAAGUGUCUCAAAGGAAUAGAUGGUGGGAUGCCAUUCUCUAUUUUGUAUUCAUUGCUCAAGUUUAUUCCAACAAUCACUCUACAAUUCUGCCAUGAGUAUAGUGAUGCCUUUAACUUUGAAAUCAUUUGGAGACUGGUCGACGACAAAACAGCACUACUAGUCCCUAUAUCGGACGCAGAUGAUAAUGGAGUUGUACUAUUUUGGAAGUUUGCAACACACAAGCCUGGGCCGGUCACCACAUUCAAGAAUUCAACUGCGUCACAAGCCGAGCCCAACCCCAUGCGUAUUCUUACUGUCCCGAACUAUGAUGUGGCUCAACUCAGAGAGUUCCUGAAGGGGAAAACGAUAAUUCAGAUGUCCAGGCUUACAAAGGACAAGCUAAGCCAAUAUCUAACAAUAUUUGGUAUACCAACAACCUCAGAUACACAAUUGACUAAUCUAAAGUUGGCAAAAGUACUAUCCAAGGUAUUAAGUGAUCAUAAAAAUCAACAAUCAAGGCCC